UUAAACAGCUAAUUUUCGAAGUCUCUCGAAAUUAAAAUACCACUGGAAGCAUUCUAAAGCAGCUCUGUUAUAUAACUCAGACGCCCGUUUAUAGCUUUCUGUCACUCAUCGUCGCUUUACAAGCAAAAAUAUAAACGCAGAAAGCAGUUUUCAAUCGGAGCUCCGGCGGAUCAUAUUAAAUAGGACCUUACCGUUUAAUACUUCCAAGUUCUGAUCGGCGACCUUAUCAUCUUCUCGUCUCUCCAAAUAGAUUGAAAGUUCGUUAUUCUGUAAAAGAAUUCCUGUGUUAUAUAUCUUCGUAAUCUGUUUUGAUCCUCUCUCCUGUGUUUCUGCUGUUGUUUGUAUGGUAAUGUAUUGAGUAAAUGCUAGAUAUUUUAGUUUUUUAUUUUUUUAUUUUUUUGUUAAAUUUCUGUUUGGCUGUUUUUGUAUGAAUUAUGAUGGUGGUGCUGCUUUCUUGAUCGUUUUGCUUAGGUCUGUGUCCUUUUCGGGAGACAAGGGGAUGAGAAGGAAAAUGUGACAUUCUUUGCGUGGUUCCUGAGUAAACCAAAAUUUGGAUGAGUUUUGGAGAAAUUUUUUUUCUGAGUUUUGGCUGUCUUAGGAACUACACAUGGAAAUUUGAGUUUUUCAAUCACUUUUCCUUCUCUCUUUUUGGCUGUCUUAAGUAACUUCGGUGCACUGAGUUCAAAUUUUAUCUUUUAUUUUUUUAUUAUCAUUUUUUUAAUUUGUCGAUUUGGCAGUGUUUUUUAUUGUCACUUUGAUUGUUGCUUGAGUAGGAAUUGUUGUGGAAUUAAUAGAUAUUAGGAUCAGUUAAUUAGGAGCUGUUUGGGCGCAAAAUUUGGUUUGAGGGUGCUUGAUAUUUAUAAUUGCGUGUUUUGUUAAUAUCAUUUGUGUUUGAUCCUGUUGGUGAAUGAGAUCGAUGCUUGUUGGUGUUUUCCGUGUUAGAAGAUUGCGUCUAUUUUCUGCUUCGUAAAGAUUGUAGUUUUAGCUCCUUCGUAAAUAUUCCUUGUAUUCUGCUGUCUUUAUUGGGGAGAAGAAAAGCGCAAACUAUAUUUUGGAUUUAACAUAUCUUUGAAAACAAUUAGAAAAAAAAAAAACGCAUCUUUUUGCCUAUCUAUCUGUAUCUCCCCAUGUAGUAAUCCCUACUGUGUGUUUUGUCCAAGUUAUAGGUGAUGCAAAUACAAAACAGCUGAAAAAGGAAACGGAUCGGUAAUUUAACCGGGAAAAAAGUUUUGGAUAUUUAAAUUUGAUGCUGGCUUCUUUAAUCUGCUAUAUUAAGUUAGGAUUCGGAAUUUAACGCUAGCAGAUAUACGCUAGGUAUUGUAGUUUAUGAAGGGAGUUGCUUUGAUCGUAGAAAUCGUCUGAGAUUUUAUCAAAUUAAUUGGAUAAGUUUGGCUUUGUGGACAGUUCUCUCUUUUCUUGUCUGUCAUUGAAACCUGACUGAAGGAGAAAAAAAAAAAAAAACUAUCAAAGACCUAAUUGGAGGGACAUGGCUCCAAGCAACCCUUGUCUUGUAAUAGGACUCUUAUUUUCUUGAAGUUACUUUUAGUGUUGUGGAUGAGGUUGACUCUGUUUAUAAGAUGCUUAAUGAGAUCCACAAGUUUAAAGGAAAGUGGGACCAGAAUGCAGAUUCCUUUUUCUAACUUGUUAGUCGAUGCAGGGGGAGCUUCUGUUUAGGGAUUCUCCAUGAAGGGUAAAUGCAUUUAAUUUUGUUGAUUUCGAUUAUACACAUCAUCAGUUGCAGGUAUUCUGGAAGUUCAAGGCGGAUAGAGUGCCUAUAUAGAGAGUUAGGAGGCCUUUGCAUGACAGUUUUCUGCAUGGAUAUACUUUCCUAACCGGUUUGGGAAUGUCAACACCAGGAAGUACACGAGUUUUAUUCUCAUAUUUGAGACUAUAAAGUGGUACUGUAUUGAGGCAAAGGAUUAAAACAUGCAGAACAUAUGACAAUGAUCUACCCGCUCUUUAAUAACAUUACUUAAGUUUUUGCCUGGCCUCAUGUCUAGUUUCCUCCAUCAGCCACUUCACUCUCUACCUGUCCUUUUAUUACUGGAGUUAUCUGAAUAAAGUGUUUGCUUACUAAUGCCAUCUAACCGUUGAUGAAAGCUGACACAAGGCAUUAAUAUUCCCCUUGGUUCCUAUUACGAUACUUUUCCAAAUUCACAAAAUCACAUCCUUCUUAGUAGAGACGGAGAUUUACUCUAAUAAUUUGGGGAAGUUUUUAGUUGAAGAAGCAAGAUCUCUUUCCUGCAUGUACAAUGGGGCCAUGAACCUUCUAGUUGUAUGAAACUCUGAUUUUUAGGUAACAAAAGAACCAGCUGAGACUCAAAUAAGCUUUACCUGAAACAAUGGUGGUUUUGGUAAGUUCAGUUUUCGAAGGAGACUUGGUUCAGAGUUGUCAAUCGAGGUUGGGGCCUCUAAAUGGUCAUGUCCAGAAUAAUUGGACUUUGGUUCCGGGCUUCUUCAAGGAAUCAAGUGAUAAUGCAAUUCUAGUUUUACUAUUCAAAGCUGAAGGCUCUGGAGUUCCUAAACUACUGCAUUAAUAGUUAUUAUAUGGGAUUCAUGUAAAUCUACUUGUUUGAUGAUUCUUCUGUUGGAGUAUUGCUGAUUGGACUUUGCAGCUGUUCAGCGUUACUUGGAUUAUGUUGUUGCUGAUUUCAAUUGAUUGGCAGCAGUCUAGAAGAAAGCAGCAAACGCAUGGGAUGUUUGCAUGGCUUGAUCCGGUGACUAAAGAUACCUUUCAAAAUUUGGAAUUUUUCCUAAAUAUAUUCCUACAUGCAGGUGUUCUAGGUGUUAUUAGAAGACAGUAUCCAAUGGGAGAAGUAGAAAUCGAGAAUUUUGAGUCUCAACAAAUGGUGCCUAAAGCUUUUCAGCAUGGGCCAUCUGGAGACAACAGAAUGGAUUCUAUGGGUUCACAUUCACAGCAGUUGAAUGCACAGUGCACAGCUACAAAAGAAUCAAGUGAUAUGAAGACCUUGGAAAUAUUGGAUAAAGGAUGUAUGAAAUAUGGAUGCCAACAUUAUCGCCGAAGGUGCCGCAUUAGAGCACCUUGUUGUAAUGAGAUCUUUGAUUGCCGUCAUUGUCAUAAUGAGGCAAAGAACAAUAUAAAUGUUGACCAGAAGCUUAGGCAUGACUUGCCACGCCGUGAAGUUAGACAGGUGAUAUGUUCACUUUGUGGCACUGAACAACAGGUUCAACAAUUUUGCGUUAAUUGUGGGGUAUGUAUGGGGAGGUACUUCUGUGAGACAUGCAAGCUGUUAGAUGAUGAUACAAGUAAGAAACAAUAUCACUGUGAUGGCUGUGGGAUCUGCAGAAUUGGAGGGCGUGAAAAUUUCUUCCAUUGUUACAAGUGUGGUUGCUGCUACUCAAUUCUUCUGAAGAACAGCCAUCCGUGUGUAGAGGGAGCAAUGCACCAUGACUGUCCUGUCUGUUUUGAGUUUUUAUUUGAGUCAAGAUAUGAUGUAACUGUCUUGCCAUGUGGACACACAAUUCACCAGAAGUGCUUGAAGGAGAUGAGAGAACACUACCAAUAUGCUUGCCCUCUCUGUUCCAAGUCGGUUUGUGAUAUGUCCAAGGUGUGGGAGAAAUUUGAUAUCGAAAUUGCUGCUACCCCAAUGCCAGAACCUUUUCAAAAUAAAAUGGUUUGGAUACUUUGUAAUGAUUGUGGAAAGACCUCACAAGUGCAAUAUCAUAUUGUAGCUCAGAAAUGCUUGAAUUGCAAGUCGUACAACACUCGUCAAACAAAAGGCUGAGCUGGCAGACAAUAAAGACUAUGGAAAAUUAUGGUUAAAACUGAAGAUAACUUCAGCACAUGAUGCAUAAUCGUUUUGGGGGUAUUAGUCGAACGCCGAAGAUAUCCAGACAUAUGCAAAAGUGUGAUCCUGUUCUGCGUUGUGUUAUGUCUCUGGGAUUAAGGCUUGUGUGUUCUUCCCUUUUUUCCCUUAUUCCUACUUGUCAUUCGUUUCCUUUGUUCAUCAAGUACGCACCACGCCACCACAGUCCAGCAUUCCUAUUUAAGUAGUUACCAAUUGCCUUUUGUUUUUCCUUUGUUAGUCCAUGUGUUCCGUUCGUUUGAUGUUUACUUUCAGAGGUCAAUCAUUGUGUCAAGUUGGAGGUGUGUUGCUAUAAUAUGGGCAUAGUGCAGAUGAGUGAAUGGAGUGCGUGGAAAAAAAUCUCUCUUUUUGUCUUAUUGAGUUGUAAUAGCUUGCAUGUCCAUUCUGUGGAAAGGUUUUCUUCUGUAUGUGAGGUCUUCCCAACCAGUCUUACGAAGUGGAUCUCUCGGGUUGUCUUGUGCGGUAUUCACCAUGCUAUGAUCCAUAUGAGGGUAGUCAGGGUGUUGUGGUUGGUUCUGGUGGGCAAUUGUUUGGUGGUCGCUCCAAUGGCUCUCAUGUGUUAAGGAUGAAAGCUGGAAGGGAGAUUGGUUUUUGUACCCUCUUAAAUGUAUUAUGUAAAUAAAAUUUCUUCAUCUUGAAAUUUUUUUCUCUUAACUAUGUGGAGGCAAAAAAAUGACUUCUGGUUUUGUGCGGGUUACAUGAACAGUUACAGGAACAAUUUUAUGAGUAUGAAAAAUUAUCGAAGAAAGGAAAAGAAAUGCGCAGCGGAUGCUUUUUUAUUCUUUUGUAUACUUAGCAUGUUAUUCACAUGCUACUUUCUAGCGAUAUUUUGAGAAUCUAAUAAAAGUAUUUUGAAAAGCUAA